AUGGCAACUCCCAUCUCAAAUUGCAGGUAUGUGAAAGCACUCUUUGGAAAAGCUCUUUUCGCUCUCCAUGACUUUGGAAAGAACCCAGGUGAUGAAGACAGAUAUAGCCAGACAACAGCUGAUGGCUCUUGCCCCACGAGAUAUUCCGACCUAAUGCCUGGAUCUGCCGUGAGUCGGAAGCUACAUCUGGAAAGUAGCAGUACAAGUCCAUCCACAGGGACACCCAUGGCAAUGAAGGCAGGCUUGGAUGACAAAAUGACAGAUACCAGCAACUUGGAUGAGAUAUUACCAGAAUGGGAGAAAAUCUUAAAGGAUAUAAAAAUACCUGUUUUUUUUAACAAGAUGCCCCAAGAGACUGGGAAAACUUUCCUUCACUCCAAACAAGUUGGGAAUUACCUAGUAGGCAAAAUGAUCAACAAGGGCUCCUUUGCCAAGGUGAUGGAGGGACUACACAUUCCCACAGGGGAGAAGGUAGCCAUAAAAGUCAUUGACAAGAGGAAAGCCAAGCAGGAUUACUAUGUUUUAAAAAACAUGAAGCGUGAGCCGCGGAUACACCAGAUGGUUAAGCACCCCAAUGUUGUUCGGCUAUAUGAGACCUUGGAGACUGACAACUCCUAUUACAUGGUGAUGGAGCUGUGCCUCGGUGGGGAUCUCCUGGACAGAAUCUGUGACAAAAAGAGGCUGGUGGAACAGGAAGUAAGGAGAUAUACCAGGCAAAUUCUGUCUGCAGUAGGGCACCUGCAUUGCCAGGGGAUUGUUCACAGGGACCUAAAAAUUGAAAAUUUUCUUCUUGAUGAGAACAACAACAUCAAAAUCAUUGAUUUUGGACUGAGCAAUACUGCAAGGUUUGAGGGUCUCUCCCAGGAGCUGUUACAUACCCAGUGUGGAAGUCCAGCUUAUGCUGCCCCAGAACUCCUUGCUCAUAAGAAAUAUGGUCCAAAGGUAGAUGUCUGGUCCAUAGGUGUGAGCAUGUUUGCUAUGCUAACUGGCACAUUGCCCUUCACAGUGGAGCCUUUUAAUAUCAAGCAACUGCAUCAAAAGAUGUUAAUUGGAGAAAUCGGCCCUAUUCCAUCUGAUAUUUCCCCUGGAGCUGUACACUUCAUGCAGUCUCUACUUGAGCCCGACCCUGAUAAGAGGCCUGGAGUCAAAGAAGCAAUAAAAGACAAAUGGUUGAAUGAAGGUUUCACCAGGAAAAUACUGAACACUGCUGCCUAUGAGAACAGAUUUUGCCCCAGUGGAUUGAAUCCUGUUGUUUUAAACUACAUGACAAACAUUAUGGAGUUCAGUCUUUCAGAAGUUAUCAACAGUUUAAUAAAUAACAGACCCUCUCCUGCCAUGUCUUCUUAUUGCUUGUUGCUGAAGAAACUGCUCAGGUACCAGAAAGACCACAAAAGAGCUCAGAGGGAACAUGAAGCAGAAAAACACAGUAUUAAUUCUGAUAAACAGCUGAAUAAAGAGUCAGAAACUAAGAUUUCCCAGAAGGCUGAAAUGGACAUGCUGGAAAACCUUGGGAAUUAUGGCAGUAGGGAAUUUCCUACUGUACUAACCCUUGCAAUGCAGAAUGCUAUUCAAGAAGAUGAGAUCACAGUUGUAUUGGAAAACCAAGAAAACUUGUCAAAAGUGGAAGCUGAUCUGAUUUGUUUUAUAUUCUGUUUAGUUUCCGAGUUUGCAGAAAGAGAGUUGGUAAGCUGUGGGCCUCCUGAGUCAUCAAGAAAAAGUAUGCCAUUUGAGCCCAUUUAUCAGCCACUUUUGGACUCUCAGAACAAUCACAAUGAUUUUGAAGACUUGACAGAGGCCAGAAGACCAUGUCUUCAUGAGAAAUACCCAUUCAAAACAGCAAAUAAGCAAUCUCCCUUUUCAAACAUCCAAGCAAUGACAAGUACAAGCAAAAUACUUCCAUGGUCCCUGGUGGAAAACAGAAUUACUACCAGCAGUCCUUUGCCUCGUCAGGACAGGAGGUUUAAACACCUUCUAAAAACAGUAUAUGACAAUAUUCACAUCCCAACACAGAGGCAACUUGAUAAAGACGGUGCUGAUCUCCUCAUGAUUAAUUGUCCCCAGCAGUCACCUUUCCCCAGGCUGCAACAGGCUACCCUGAGAGAAACGCUACCUAGGAAGAUUUCCUUGCUGGGGACAACACAGGAACCUGCAGAUACCUGCCCUCUUGUUACAGCCAAUGGUUCAAAAACACCAAUUCUUCCCAUGCCCCAACAACAAAAGUUUAUCAUUAGAAAUAUGAAGCAGUUUAAAGAAAACCCAACUCAUUUUUUCAAUAAUCAAACUAAGAAAAACUUAAUUCAGCUCAGACACAUACCUACAACUACAGAUGUGAAUCUUCCAGUUUUAUGCCCACCAUACCAAACCAGGUCAGGGGAAAAAACAGAGAUUCUAAGGUUAAAUUUUGCAUAA